GGAAGCUAGACAAGGAAGAUCCACGGGCAGAGAGAGACACGAUGCCACCCCCGGCCCCCAUGCCCGGGCCCCUCCCCCGUCCCUGUGACCGACGUUAAAUUGGCGCCAUCGCGCGCCCGUCGUCCACCUCCUUUACUGCCCCCUCCAUCCUCACCGCUCCCCAGAUUGGCAGGCAGUAGAUUUUACCAAUACCAGCUUGUCGCCAGCCGGCCGGGGGGUGAUCGCGCGGGCAGGCAGCCAUGGGAAAGAAGCAUGCCGCAGGUAGCGGCGGCGGCGGCGGCGGCGGCUGGUUCGCGGUCGUCAGGAAGGUGUUCCGGCCGUCGUCAUCGUCCUCCACCACCUCCAAGGACAAGGACGCCGUGCAACACGGGAAACAGCAGGACAGCGCCGGCGAGGAGGCGGAGGAGGCCGCGGCGGCCGGCGGGGCCGAGGAGGCGGAGGUGCUGCUGCUGGAGCACUUCCCGGCGUCCGAGACGUCCGCGGAGGCGAGCAACGAGGGCGGCGACGCGGAGUUGCCGGCGGUGCCACCGGUGCGAAUGGAGUACCACCGGGGGUCGCGUGGUGGUCUGCGGGGCCACGAGGAGGCCGGCGCCGCCGCCGACGACGACAUGGAGCGCGCGAGGGCGCUGGCCGCCGCGGCCGAGGCCGCCGUGGCCGCGGCGGAGGCGGCGGCCAGGGUGGUCCGGCUGGCGGCGCUCCGGCGCCUGUCGCGCGAGGAGCGCGCCGCCGUGCGCAUCCAGGCCUACUACCGCGGGUACCUGGCCCGGCGAGCCCUGCGCGCGCUGCGCGGCCUGGUGCGGCUGCAGGCGCUGGUGCGCGGCCACCAGGUGCGGCGGCAGGUGCACCUCACCAUGCGCUGCAUGCAGGCCCUCGUCCGCGCCCAGGCCCGCGUCCGGGCGCGCCGCCUCGCCGAGCUCCCGCUCCUCCUCCUCCCGCCGCCGACGCCUCCGGCCAGCCGCCCCUCCCUUUCCCUUCUCGGAGCAGGACGCCAUCACCACCAGCCGCGCCUCGACCUGGCGUUGGUGGGCGACCACCAGGACGCCAGCGACGACGGCGAGGUGGCGGACCUGCUGCUGCAGCAGCGAGCCAGCAGGUGCAGGACCAGAGGAAGGCUGCGCCGAGGCGACGACGAUAACGGCGGCGGGAGGAGCCCCUCCGCCGUCUGGGACGCCAGCAGCCGCACCCUGGAGGACGCCAGGGCCGAGGGCGCCCGCCGGCAUGACGCCGCCGCGCGCCGGGAGCGGGCGCUCGCCUACGCCUACGCCUAUCAGCAGCGGCAGUGGCAGCGGCAGGAGGACGAGAAGGCCGGCCUGGGCUUCGACUGGCUGGAGCGCUGGAUGGCCGCGACGCAGCCGCAGCGGCGGCAGGACGCGCAAGACCACGCCAAGACGUACCAGGGCGCCGCCGCCAGGACGGCGGCCGCUGCUCUCCCCGGCGGACAACCCGAGAAGGCGGCGGAGAUGGACACGUCGUUCCGGAGCCCGCUGAACCAGGCCGCCACUGCCGCGCACGCGCGGCCGCCGGCGAUCCCAGGCUACAUGGCCGCGACGAGGUCGGCGCGCGCCAAGGCGCGCCCCACGCCGCCGCUGCCGGCUACGCCGACGCACGGCAGGAGCCCUUCCGGCGGUGGGACCGCUGGAGACUCGUCUAGCUCGGGGCAGAACGGCAGCGCAGUCGCCGGGCACAGCCCGGACUGGAGCUGCACAGGGGACUGGACGCCGCCGCGGCUCGGCGUCAGCACGCGCACCAGCAGGGUGGCCUAUGCCUGAGCUUGACCUGAGCAUGGCAUUGACUAAGUCCGGUGCAUGGUCAUGAGCGCGGCUGAGAUGUGUUCGCGACUCAUUUUUGAAUGCUUUUGUUGUUCACAAUGUGUAUAGCUUGCCAUGUUUGCGGCCAAUGCCUAUGUAAACGCUCGUAUACUUGGCCAAAGGGUUGCGAAUAAAAACUCAAGAAUUCUAAAUCUGUGUUAUGGCUGAAUUGAGAUUGAAGAUUUUAUUUA